UUUGAAAACUUUGCCAAGCCAUAAAAUGUCAGGGAAAAGCCUUUAUUUUUGUCUGACAAUCAGUUGUCGACAACAUUUCAGUCUGCCAAAUUGGCAUUGUGAGCCAUUUAUUAACAAAAUUUUAAUUGCUGCUCAUUGGUAGUCAAAUCUGUUGCUGUAGGACUUUUUCUCAAUGGAGGGUUUCGAGUAUGUGGUUAAUCCGCCGUUGUGGCCCACGAUUGGUUUUCUGAAGAAAAUCCGUAGGGAUUCGGAGGGUAACUUCGUCCGCGACAGCUACGUCAAGACACCGCCGCCAGCUGCAGGUCCUGCUGACUACGAUGUUCCCAGUACUAUUGGUUUCAAGUACCCAUCGAAGGCGGGUUUUUCCGCCUUGGCCAACAAGAUGCCACGCCUGCCGGCCAACCGGGAGCUUGGCUAUCCCCCAGUAGGAACUUAUGCCACCGAUUUUCCGGGAACACAGUAUUCCUUCACCUUUAAAAAGGCGACUGUGAAAGACCAAAAGUGGAUGACUCCGGGCCCCUCCACCUACACGCGUCACCUCAAAUACCCAGACAGCCACGUGGAGAUGGCUUUCGGCUACCACCGCAUCAUUUGGCCCUCGGUGGCGGUCUUCUGCAGUCCCGUAAACCUAGCCCGGUGCUCGGUGUGCGGCGAGAAGCCUGUGGGCGAUUACUUCCAUAACUUUGGCAACGACCAGGACAUGUGUAGGCCAUGCAUGCAGGCCGCUGUGACCGUCAUGAAGAAGUGCAGCGUGCAGGUGACAGAGCGUUUUAGUCGGCAGCAGAAGAUCAAGCAGUUUGUGCCCGCCCGCAAUUGUGCCUUCUUCCAUCUUCAUGACGGGACCAAUGCCACCAUUGAGCGAGAGACGCGUAAGGUGCUACGCCAGAAGAUUCGCGUGGAGAAUUACCUCUAUCGGUUUAAUGCAAAGGUUGAGUAGCGGCAUUUAAGUACAAUUUUUAGGUGCGUAUUCCAGUAUAUUCAGAAUAAAAGGUAAACUGUUAAUAAUUUUAUAA